AAAAUGCAUCAUGCAACUAGAAUGCUGCUAAUACCCGAAGAUUUUUAUAAGAGUUUAAUUGGCAUAGACAACCCAGAAGAAAAGGCAAACAACGCUGAUGGAACUGCAUUAGGUUUAUUUCGAGAGCGUUUGCAAAGUACCGAAAAUAACUCCAUUUUGGACCCUCAUACAAAGGCCGCUCGUUAUGAGCAGGACUUUAAGAGAUAUAAUAAGCUUGUAAGGGAUAAAGAAGAGAAACCUAUAAAUGUUAAACUUAAAAAUUUUGAAGAAAUUGUAGAAACAUUAAAUAAAAAUGUAGAUAAAAAUAAUGAUACUAAUAAUAUUGAAACUAAUAAACCUAUACAAAAAAUUGUUCGCAAAAGAAGGAAAAAGAUAUCGGGUUUUAAAAUUAACAAAAAACUUCUACCGGGUAAAUUGAAAGUUCCCCCUAGGGGGAUAGCAGACAAAAAUAUAGAAGUUGAAAGUGAUUAUUUUUCACAAGAAAGUGAUCCAACCACAAGUGAACAAGCUCUUAAAUAUGUCAAAGAAAAUUCUAGAUCCUUAGGUAUAACAGAUGACUUGAAAAUAGCCAAAAUAAUAGGGGGUCAAGAGCCAUUAUAUAAUAGUAACGUUGAAAAAAUUAUAAAAUAUAUACUUUCGAAUAAAUCUGUUCGUAAGAAACCAAUACCUAUUGGCUACAACGAAUUUAUUCGAAGAAUCGAUAAUCAUACAUACCUAAAAGAUUUGCUUCUACCUCCCUCCUCCUCGUCAAAACAAACAGGUAACGGUACAUUCUCGUUUAAGCCAUCCCUAUGGAAAAAUCAGAAGAGAAACGAAUAA